AGCACCAACCAAUACGUCAUUGGCACCAACAGGCAGAACGCGGAAGUGUCCUGGUUUGUUUUGCUCUGUGGGCUCAUAGAUAUAUACAAGUGUUUGUAUAUAUCUAUGUGUGGGCUCGGCUCAAAUGAUGAGAGCAGGAGCCACCAUGAUGUUUGAGCGUUCUGCUGUGUUACUCUCGUUUCUGUAACUUCAUGACUGUCGCGUUUAACCCCGGUUGAUUCAGUCAGAAUGGAGGAAGAGGAGCAGCUUCGUUCUUUAAUGUUCCUCGUGACUUACAUGCUGCUGAAGCGCAGGAGAGACGUCAACGAUGCAAACAUCCAGAGACGCAGCGAGAUCCAAAGACGCAUCAGACACCGACAGUACUUCUUCCAGAGACAGAGGAGGAUGCUCAUGAUGAUGAUAGCAGGAGGCAUCCGCUCCAACGGCCGCAUCCGCACGCGUCCCUGGACCAACACUCCGAGCACCGAUUGGUGGGAGCGCGUGGUGAUGACAGAAUUCCAGCCCUAUGAUUGGCUGGAUAAGUUCCGCAUGAGCCGGGAGACCUUCUUCUACCUCUGUGACAAGCUGAGGCCUCGUCUGGCCCGACAGGACACCAGCUUCCGCCUGGCGCUGCCGGUGGAGAAGCGUGUAGCCGUGGCUCUGUGGCGCCUCGCGUCCAACAUCGAGUACCGGACCAUCAGCACCCUGUUCGGCGUGGGGAAGUCGACGGUGUGCAGGUGUGUCAGAGACAUGUGUCACGCUAUCGUAGCGCUCCUCAGCUCCGUUUACCUGCGAGCACCCAAUGAGCAGGAGCUGCAGGAUUCAGCUCAGCUCUUCCAGUCCUACUGGGGUUUUCCUCACUGUGUCGCUGCCAUCGCAACUCUACACACGGCUAUCAUCACUCCGUCAAACAACGCGUCCGACUACGCCAACCCUGCCGGCUGGCUCUCAGUGCUGUCUCAGGUUGCCGUUAGCGGCCGGGGACAGUUCUGGGAUGUUUGUGCCAGCUUUCCAGGUGGAACGGAUCCAGCAGACAUCUUCCAGAACUCGUCGCUGUGGGCCACAGCUGCAGAAGGUGGACUGUCACCUGUCCCACCACCUGUCUUCAUGGGGAAGACACUCAGGUAUGUGCUGCUGGGUGAGGCCUGCUACCCUCUGCAGAGCUGGCUGAUGAAGGCCUAUCCUGAGGAAAAGAGCCGGAGGGCGAGUCGCACAGCGCUGACGGAGCCUCAGCAGCUGUUUAAUCAGCAGCUCAGCAGAGCGCUGCGUGUUUCUGAGGAGGCGCUGCUGAGGCUGAGGGCCCGCUGGCAGUGCCUGAGCAAGAGGAACGACUGUGGGCUAGACGUGGUGCCCACCAUGAUCCUGGCUUGCUGCAUUCUGCACAACAUGUGCGAGUCCCACGGGGAUGCUUUCAAAGCAGAGUGGCAGGUGGAGGUGGCUGAGGCAGAGAGCCCCCAACCCAGCCACAAGCAGCUCCUCUCCACCAGCAUGGACCAGAGUAAUGCUGAAGAGGUUAGACGCCUCUUCUGUGACUAUUUUGAACAGCAGAUUGAUUGAUGAAGGACUGAAGUGAUCCUUGUAAACAUUUACAUUUUUGUUACACUACCAGCAUGACUCUGCUGUAUGAAUCUCAGUCUGUCACUUAUUCUGCCAUUCUAAUAUUAACACGCAUCCUUAAGCUAACUGUAGGCGUGUUACAGAAAUGCAAGUGUGCCUCAUGUAUAGCCUAGCCGAGCUAGACAACCCACGGCAACGAAUUUAAUUCUCUACCAGGGUGGGUCUAGUUACCCUCCAUAAGGCUCGAGGCUGGAUUCUCCUAAAACUGGCCGGACCAAUCACCAUGAAGUGUAGAGUCAGAAGGCGGGCGUAACUAAGUGACGACAGAGGCGCGACGAUUCUGACAGAAACAACCGGAAACAACUAGCCUAGCCGCGCUAGACAACCCACGGCAACGAAUUUAAUUCUCUGCCAGGGUCGACAACAAAAACGACAACAGUAGUUGAGCUCCAUUAGCACCGACUCUGAAUAAUCUUUCUGUUAGCAUGUCUGUAAUAUACUUGAGCUUCACCCAUUGACUGUAUAAAUAAGGCUUCACCGAACUACCGCAUCCUCUGAUUUCCGGCGCUCUAGGAGCCUAUUUGUUGCACUGAUUGGUUGUAUACCUACCCAAUUGCUGCAGAGUGAUUUGAUAGACAACCUUUUAGCCCGCCUCCCUCCCUGUCGAGCGUGCCUAGACCCUUGCGUCUUCAGAGCAUGGGUCUAGCACGGCUAGGCUACCUCAUGUAUGGAUUUAGGUCAGAAGAGUUAAAUAAUAAUUGUCCCAUUUUAAAUCCAUCCAAAAAUAUUGCCUUCUAUAUUAAGACAUUUUUAUGUAUAUGUUGUUUAGAUUGUUCUCACGUAUUUUGUACAUUUUUGUAGUGCAUCAUUGCAUCAAGAUUCAAGUUUUAUUUAUGAUUAUAUGAGUUUGGUGUAUGUGGUUUUCUCUUGAUUUUGUUGGUGUUUCAUUGUGCAUUUUGAAAACUUGCCACCAAGGCUGGAAAAUAUGUCAUUUCAGCAUUGACACUGCCAUGGAUACAUGCACAAGGAUAUGCUAUGUGAAUUAUUGCAGAUUAUCUCAAACAACAUCACUGAUAUUUAAACUGUAUUCACACAACAUAGAGUUUGUGUAGGAGGCUCCACGUGUGCAUAGGAAAAUACACAAAGAACAUCAGACAAACUCUGACAAGGAAGAUUUGGUUACAAGAAGAAUCACAUUAGUUGUAUGGAAAAUAUUUUGGCUACAGAAAUGAUGAUGUGGACUCAAAACAGGUACUCUUCUGCAGUGUUUUGCAAUGAACUAUUUAAUCAGCACCACAUAACUAUCUAUGAUGGUUACAAAGUCAGAUAUGAAUGCCAUCUAUAGUUUAAAAAAUACAUUUUGGAUGCCUUUAGCAAUGUUACAGUUCCAAACUGCUUUAUUUAAUCUUUCCCUUCUUAUUCUUGAUAGAGAUGCACUUCAUUUGAGAAUCAUAAAUUCUUUCCAAAUAGAGUUAUAGAACGUAUUUAUUGUCAUUGCAGUUUGCAACAAAAUUGGUGAUGUUGGUCAAUUAUUUCAGUGUUGUGGUGAAAAUUUAUGUAUUUUUUCAUGUCACAAUGUGUAGCACAGAAAAACAAUAUUGCAUUGUCAGUUUUGAUUAUUACACAGGUGGGAAAAAGAAAAACAGAAAAUA